AAACAAACAGAGAAGAAAAAAAAUUGUAUUUUGAAAGCGCAAGAACUUUUCAGCAACUUCUUAGUUGAAAAAAAUCGACUUUUCGAUUAGUUGCGUGAUCUUUUACCAUUUGACCUUUGGAACAGCAGUCAUCCCAGCGAAAAAGAGGUGAAAACGGAAGCAGUAUGCUGUCGAGAAUAAAAGAUUUUCUGCAUCGGCACCGGAGGAAAUUCAUCACCACCGGCAUUGUAAUCGGUGGCAGUGUGUUCCUGCUUAAAUGGUUACAGUACAAGUUGCGCGAACUGCAAGAACGGCAGGCGAAGGAAAUUGGUGAAAAGUUGAAGCGAAUGCAGCAUUAUGAGUCCACCGAUCGUACAUGCAAUCAAACGAUCGUGGGUUUGGCGCCGGCACUGUCGAGCAAGAUAUUUCAAAGUCUUCAAACGGACGAUAUACUAGCGAAGCUGCGUUCCAAUCCGGACAACAAGCUGGAGCUGUGGGAGGAACUUCGAAUCGUUGCCUUCACGCGGCUCGUAACGCUCGUGUACGGUGCAUCGAUGCUGGCCGUUACGCUGCGGGUGCAGAUCAACAUCCUUGGCGGCUACUUGUACAAAGCCACGGUGGAGGAUGGCGGUGGACCGCAGUCGAGCCAACAACUAGCGAUAUCGCUCGAAGUACAGACAGCUUAUCUGUCCCUGAUACAGCACUUUAUGCGCGAUGGUAUCGAACGGCUGAUCGAAACCAUCCGUACAAACGUGACCAUCGUAAUGCAGCGGUACAACUUAAAGCAACAGCUCACUCUAGCUGACACGGAAACACUCCUCUGGUCGAUCGAGAUGGCAUUGAAUAAUGGGAAAGGAAAUCCGAUCGACGACAUCGCUAGGUACACGUUGCCGAAUCCGGAUUCCACGCUGGCCAGCUUUGACGGUGCGUUCAGCAGCAUGUUUCAGGAAACGUUGGACGUGCUGGAGAGUGUGGAAUCAACACAGGUGGGUCUCGCGAACAUAAGCAUCGGCUUUUCGAAGGUCAUGGAUAAACUGGCCGAUUACUACAUGACGUCUGGCGGCACGAACAAAAACUCCAAAUCCAACCUGAACGUGGAAAGUAUUGAAAAUAUCAAUGGAAUCACCAUUUCACUGGCUAAGCUGAUUCCGAUCGUGAAUGGGUUGGCGAGUAAGGUGGCACCUUCGACAAAUCCCGUAACAGUCAGCAACGGUUUGGUACUUUCGUUACCAGACGAGACGGACCCGAUGUCGUCAAUGAUUGUACAUUUUCUACACUCGGAAAAGCUUCGGACCCUCGGAGCCAACGUUUACGAAACAUUCUGUCAUUAGAAGUAGGAACAGCUCUAACAUUCUGUACCAUUUUAGGCGAGUAGUUUUAGUGCCCUUUAGAGCUUUACAGGCAAACGUACUCGAUGGUCAACGUUCGCCUGAACCCGGUACGAUAUGGAGCUUUCACCGUCAUGGUGAUGAUAAGGCUUCUUAGCAUUCGAUCGAUCUGGUUGAGUCUAAUGGCACCCAAAACGAGAAAGAACAUUCGCUAGCUUAGGUUUUAAUUUGGGAGCAAAGCCUGGGCUAGACAUGAAGGGCUUUGAUCAAUAAAUGUGAUGGUAACGCGUUUUUUUUAAGUUGGAACAAA